AUGUGUAAUGAUGGAGAAGAAAAUGCUAAUAAUAAUGGAGAUGGCUCUGUGAAUUCUAUGAAUGUCACUGUUAAAAAUAAACUCACUUCGCAGGAAAGUGAUUUGGACGCACUUCAGGAUAGUACAGAACGUAAUAGUGAUAUGCUCGGUGUGAGUAGAGGAAGAGUUGCAGCGAAAAGUAAAAAAAGAGAGCUUCAGGGCUUCGAUCGCAGGAAUUUCAUUCUUCAUCAGCGCUUCAUUCGCAGAGAUUUUAAUGCAUGCAAAGCCCUGAUAAAGGAGAUGGCAGAUGAAUACAGCGAAAUGUGUGAAUAUCCGUUUUGCAUUAGAGGUAAAAUAGCUCGAAUGGAGGGAAAUUUUCGUGAAGCUUUAAUGUGGUAUGAGAAGGCGCAGUUAGUGAAUCCUCUAAAUGGUGCUUAUAUGCGUGAAAUUGGUUGUUUACAUUUCUUACUUGGAAGGCACGCUAAAGCAUCAGAAGUUUUUUUGGAUGCAAUUAAACUGAAUGAAAAAGAUUGGAAAUCGUACUAUUGGCGAGCAAUGGCAUUAUAUCAUAUCAAACAGGAUUCUGAAUCUGCACUUAAAGCUCAAGAAUGUUUACUUACAGCCCCAACAGCUGCACAACAUGCUGAAAUUUUGACGUUUCUAGCAAGAUUAUGUGAGCAACGUAAUGACAUCAAGCUAGCAAUCGAUGCGCAAAAGAAAGCAUUGGAAUUAGAACCAGAGAAUCUUGAUGUUCUUACAAAUAUGGGACUGCUUCAUGCAAGGUGGCAGAAUGAUGACCAAGCAUUUGAUGCCUUUGGUAAAGCCCUCAGCUAUGAUCCUACAUAUCCACAAAGUAUUCUUGCCGCUGGUUCUAUCAUACAAACCAAUGGUGAAUACGAUGUUGCUCUAACAAAGUACAGAAUAGUUGCCGAGAAGUGCGAAUACAACGGACCGUUAUGGAAUAAUAUCGGCAUGUGUUUCUUUGGUAAAGGCAAAUGCGUUGCAGCGAUAAGUUGUCUGAAGAAGGCUAAUUAUUUGUGUCCGCUUGAAUGGAAAAUCUGCUACAAUCUUGGCAUAGUGCAUAAUGCUAUGGAGCAGUAUGCAUCUGCUUAUCAUUUUCUAUCAUCGGCUGUCAAUUUAAAUACGCGUUCGACAAUGCCUUACAUGGCACUAGCAGUAGUACUAACAAAUCUUGAUGAUACGCUCAAUGCUAACAAGGCUUACGAUAGAGCGCUUCACCUUGACAAGAACAAUAGUGCUCAAAUACGUUUAAAUUAUGCCAUAUUUAAAGCGAAGCAAAAAGAAUUGAAGGAAUCGGCUGAAUCAUUGCAAGCAUUCUAUAAAGCAAUCACAAACAAGCAAAGACCCUCGCAAGAAAUGCUAUUUGCAGCAGAUAAUUUGAAACGAUAUUUGGAUCAAGCAGGUAAAUACGACAAAGCUACAGAUGAAAGCAGUAUCCUUUGA